CGAAGCAGUUUCCUCCGACAAUAUAUGUUUUUUAAGUAUGACAAUGUCUCCACGUUAUUGGGUUUAAUUUCCAUUUUUUUUUUUUUAAUUAGGGUUCUUCAGAUCGACAAUCUUUUUCUCUCUCUCUCUCUCUUUCCCAUCGAAUCAUCCUAAAGAUCUCAACUUUCUUCAGAUCCGUAAGUAGAGAGAGAGAGAAAAAACUACACAGACUGUAUUUUCAGACAAAACCCAUGUUAAAGAUCUGAUCUUUCUUCAGUUCUGAUGGUCUCUAAUCUGUAAACGAAAGCUAGAGAUAGUAGCGAGAGAGAGAGAAAUGGGUCAAGACGGGUCGCCGGCGCACAAAAGACCCUCCGGAAGCGGCGGAGGACUUCCGACGUCAACCCUAUCAAACGGCGGAGGAAGAGGCGGUCGCGGCGUGUUACCUCGAGGGAGACAGAUGCAGAAGACGUUCAACAACAUCAAGAUCACGAUCCUCUGCGGAUUCGUCACCAUCCUCGUCCUACGCGGCACGAUCGGCGUCGGUAACCUCGGGAGCUCGAGCGCCGACGCGGUUAACCAGAACAUCAUCGAGGAGACUAACCGGAUCCUAGCCGAGAUCCGGUCCGACUCGGAUCCCACCGACUUGGAUUCUCCUCAGGAGAUAGAUAUGAGCACCAACGAGACUUACGCCUUAGGGCCUAAGAUAACGGAUUGGGAUAGUCAGCGUAAGGUGUGGCUUGACAAGAACCCUGAGUUUCCUAGUACUGUCAACGGCAAAGCUCGGAUCUUGCUGUUAACGGGGUCUCCUCCCAAGCCCUGUGAUAACCCUAUCGGUGAUCAUUAUCUCUUGAAGUCAGUGAAGAACAAGAUUGAUUACUGUAGGCUCCACGGGAUUGAGAUUGUGUACAACAUGGCUCAUUUGGAUAAGGAGCUAGCUGGUUACUGGGCCAAGUUGCCGAUGAUUAGGAGGUUGAUGCUGUCUCAUCCUGAGGUUGAGUGGAUUUGGUGGAUGGAUAGUGACGCUUUGUUCACUGACAUACUCUUUCAGAUCCCUUUGGUUAGGUACGAGAAGCAUAAUCUUGUGAUUCAUGGUUAUCCGGAUUUGCUGUUUGAUCAGAAGUCGUGGAUUGCUUUGAACACUGGGAGCUUUCUGCUGAGGAACUGUCAGUGGUCUUUGGAUUUGUUGGACGCUUGGGCUCCCAUGGGACCUAAAGGGCCGAUACGUGACGAGGCGGGGAAGGUGCUGACGGCUUAUCUCAAAGGAAGGCCGGCUUUCGAGGCGGAUGAUCAGUCGGCGUUGAUCUAUCUCCUCCUUUCUCAGAAGGAUACGUGGAUGGAGAAAGUGUUUGUGGAGAAUCAGUACUAUCUCCACGGGUUUUGGGAAGGUUUGGUUGAUAGGUAUGAGGAGAUGAUGGAGAAGUAUCACCCCGGGUUGGGCGACGAGAGGUGGCCGUUUGUGACGCAUUUCGUGGGGUGCAAACCGUGUGGUAGCUACGCUGAUUACGCGGUGGAGAGGUGCUUGAAGAGCAUGGAGAGGGCUUUUAAUUUUGCAGACAAUCAAGUGCUGAAGCUGUAUGGUUUUGGACAUAGAGGGCUGUUGAGCCCCAAGAUUAAGAGGAUCAGGAAUGAGACGGUGGCUCCGUUGGAGUUUGUAGACAAGUUUGAUAUUCGCAGAACGGAAGUGGAAUUCAAACCGCGUUACUAGAGGGAAACGAGGAGAGGGAUAGUCACAGCUCUGAUGAUGAGAUCAUGGACACAGUAUAGGUAAAAAAAAUAUAUGACACUCACAGAUGCAAAACCUGUACUUGCUACUUCACUGUUUCUUUACUUCUUUUUUUGUUUUGUUGUUGUUUGCAAGGAUCUUUUAGCUUCAACAUUCUUUUUCCAUAGAUGUUUUUUGUGUUUUCUUCAGUCAAAUAUAUGGAGAAAUUUUCAUA